AUGAGCGCGAAAAAUGUUGCCGGUGAAAAAUCAGGGGACAAAGCUGCCGAAAACACUAUUCCCGCGACAGUCUCAACAUCAGGUGUCCAAACAUUAGCGGGAUAUGGAGAUAUCCCAGGCAAUUCCACACACGAAAGUCGGCCAGUAGGCCUUCGUGCUGUUGUUGGCGGGAAGAAGGUAAUAGCGCGGAAAUUGACUCAUACUUCGUCUUCAUCUCUGAACUCCCUUAGCAGUCAGAUGGCUAGUUUGAAGUUGGAUCCAGUCAGCUCUUCCCUUGAGGAUGCGGAUCCCAGCACACGAGUCAACGAUGACUCUCGUCAAGCCCAACACUCACUCUUCUUGCAUGUGUUGGGCUGGUUGCGAAAUGAGAAAUUGAAAUUGGCUGAACGAAGAGGGACUAGCGGAACUGAACGCUCCGUCUCUCAAGUCCCGAAUUUGGCAAGUUCUCAAUCUUGUGCUGAUGAAUCAGAACUGGCCCUUGAUCAGUUAGAGCGUAUUCUUGCACAAUACUCGAGUUCUCGAGAGAUCAACCGUCCUAAAGGUGCACAAACUCCGAAACAGCGCCCAACUCUGGCCAAGGGGCUCCGGCGAGGGUCACUUUCGGAUUCUGAUUAUACCGACACUGAUCAGGCUGCCCCAAGCGCUGACGUUACAUUGGACAAUUCCAAAACACUGCUUUAUUCUGGUGGCGAAGCAGAUGGCGAUAUCGAUGCACUUCGGACAGGCAAGCCUUCCACUAAAGAUCGCGAAAGCUGGCUAAAAUUCAAAUCCGAAAUUGUGCGCCUUUCUCAUACCUUAGGAAUCAAAGGAUGGAGAAGAGUUCCCUUGGAAGCCGGUGGUGAGGUUGAAGUCAUACGUUUAAGCGGUGCCCUAACGAAUGCUGUCUAUGUUGUCUCACCACCUAAAAAUCUUCCAGUCUCUCAAGCCUCCGACACAUCGCUUGUUUCUAUGCGAAGAAAACCUCCUCCAAAGCUUCUUCUCCGCAUUUAUGGGCCUCAAGUCGAACAUCUCAUUGAUAGAGAACACGAACUGCAAAUACUUCGCAGAUUAGGAAAGAAAAAUAUUGGGCCUCGUGUUCUUGGUACAUUUAACAAUGGCCGUUUUGAGCAAUACUUCAAUGCAAAGCCUCUGACUACUUCUGAAUUGCGUAUUCCCGAAACGUCUAAACAAAUAGCAAAGCGAAUGAAAGAACUACACUAUGGAAUUGAGCUUCUACCAGAGGAGCGUGAAGAUGGUCCGAAACUGUGGAGAAACUGGGAUAAAUGGGAAGACCGUUGUGAAAGAGUCGCGACCUGGUUAGAUCAACAGAUAUUAUCCCAGCAAGAUGAUGUUAAACGGCCAGCCGAAUAUUGGAGAUCGCGGGGCUUUGUAUGCUGUGUCCCAUGGCCAACAUUUCGGGCUGCUGUAGAAAAGUAUCGACAAUGGUUGAAUGAUCAAUUUGGCGGUGAAAAAGAGAUUGCGAAACUUUUGGUCUUCGCACAUAACGAUACGCAGUAUGGCAACCUACUUCGGCUGCAACCUAGCGAAGAGUCCCCCUUGUUGCUACCUGCGAACGAACACAAACAGCUCAUCGUUAUUGAUUUCGAGUAUGCAUCCGCAAAUAUGCGGGGCGUAGAGUUUGCAAAUCACUUUACUGAGUGGUGCUACAAUUAUCACGAUUCGGAGCGACCCUGGGGAUGCCAUACAAGCUGGUAUCCGAGCCCAGAAGAACAAGAACGCUUUAUCCGCGCUUAUCUCAAACAUCGACCACAGGUCAUCACACUUCAAGGAGCUGACGGUUCUAUGCCGCCAUCGCAAUCUACUACUCCAGUACCGACGCCAAUUGGACGCGCAACAUACAUCAACAGCCCACGCGUGCCUCCUUUUGCUCUCGACACUUAUGUUCCCGGUUUAAAUCCGCCGCUCGCAGACCUAGAAGGCCAAAAUCCUGCCGUAGAAGCCGAAGUGAAGAAACUCGUUCAUGAGACACGUCUUUGGCGGGUCGCUAACUCAGCACAAUGGGUUGCGUGGGGGAUCGUUCAGGCUACUGUCCCGGGACUGAACAAGGCUCUCGAUGGCCCUGACAAGUCGCCAUCCGGACCACCCGAGUCGAAAGAUCUGGCUUCUACUGUAGAGCCUGUUAAGGCGAAUUCGGAACACGACGAUGAGCAGUCCAGAAAAGAGGCGGAAGCCGAGGAAUUGGCAGACGAUUUUGAUUAUUUAGGAUAUGCUCAAGAUCGGGCAUUAUUCUUUUGGUCUGACUUGUUAGCCUUGGGCUUUAUCAAAGAAGAGGAAUUGCCGACAGAAAUGAUCAAGCAUAUUAAGAAAAGGGUGAUUAAAUAUUGA